AUGGCGCCUUCGAAUGAAAGACCGUUGAUUAUUCCUCAUUUAAAUGAUUCAACGAUUCUAUGUCAGCCCACAUGCCAUUUGAAGAAAAGGACAACUGCUCUCAAGGAGGGAAUGAUGGAGGUUCAUUCUACUAUUGGUAAAGAGAUUGGUUUGAUAGAGGGUCAUCCUAAUGUUUUUACGAUAAUGCAAAGUAAUAUGGAUUUGGAUUUGGGCUCUCUUGGUGAGCAAGUGAGAGAAGAAGUGAACUUGUGGGCAGAAAAGGCCACUAAAGGUCUCAUAAAAGAACUUGUUCCACCUGGGGGCUUUCGUAAUUAUACGACACUUGUGCUUGCCAAUGCACUCCAUAGGAAAUUGGCUUCAUGCUUUUGA